AUGGAUCAACAAGCUACAAGGUUCACAAAGAUUAAAAAAGAAAAAAGCAAAGACCUUAGGAUGCUUCUGUGGUGGUGGAGUAGAGGUGGUGGUGAAAGAGAUAUAGGUGAAGAUGGUGGUGGUGAUGAAGGUGGAGUUGGUAGUUGUGGUAGUAAUGGUGGCGGGGAUGGCGGUUGUGGAGGUGGAGGUGGUGGCGACGAUGGCAGCGUAGUGGUGUUGGUUGUGGAGGUGGUGGUUGUGGUGGUGGUGGCAGAGGAUGAUGAGGAGGAUGUGGUGGUGGUGGUGGAUGUGACUGUGGGCAUGGAGGUGGUGGAGUUGAAUGUGGAUGUGGAGGUAGUGUCAUUUUAA